AUGGCUGAGACCGCGAUCAAGGAUUUGCGACUUGCUUUGACAAGCAUUGCUAUCAGUCCAAAAUACGAACAAGAACGACCAGGGUUUAUGCCUAAAUAUGAAAAGGGCAUCGAAGAUAUCUCUAAUUACCUCGGUAGCAAGAAGUGGCUAAUGGGUGACAACGCACUGCCUAAAAUUAAAGAAUAUAUGUCCUCGGAGCGGUUUAUCAGUUGGCCUCUCCACCAAUGGUCCGCAACUUUCUACGGUGAGCCGCGGUCUGCUUUUUAG